AUGAUAUUGUGCGUGAUAUACUACAUGCUCCUUGCCGUUUUUGUUACACCAACACAUUCAAGUUCAGCAACAGCAGCAUCAGCAACAACAACAUCAUCAGCAGCAACAAUAACAACAACAGCAAGACCUUCAACAAUAACAACUAGCAGCAAAAAAUACUACAAUGAUUUAAUUAACGAACUACUUGCCGAUCACAGCAGCUCAGGAAUUUUUUUAUCGCUUGAUAACAAGACCGGGAUUGAAUUUUACAAUAACUACAUCAACGAAAUGCUCAGCAACAGCAGCUCAGAAAUCGACUUGCUGCUUAGCAGUGACGAUCCCAGUGUGGUUGUUUUGCUUGAGACCAGUCACUCUCAUGUCGAAUUACAGCUGGAAAUAAGUGAUCCUCACAGUGAAAUAUUGCUGGACGUUGACGAUCAUAAAAGACUGGUGUUCAAGGCUGGUAAUCCAAGCACGAAUUUAUUGCUAGGCGAGAAUGCUCACAACAUUGACAUAUGGCUUGGGAGAGGCCACAAUAACAAAAACAGCAACAACGGCAAGAACAACAACAACAACGGCACGAACUACUAUAACAGCUUUGUUGAUGAGCUGAUUGAUGGCAGUGGUACUGAUAACAGCUUGAUCAACUUGCUAAUAAGUAAAUACGGCGCACCUUAUACUACCUACCUAAUCAAUGGGUUAAGUAAUGGUAACGGUACUCAAAACUACAACAACUUGAUCAAUGGUUUACUUAGUGAGAACAGCGCGAAUAGCCGCGACAACUUGACCAGUUUAUUGAUGGAAAGCAGAAACGGCUCAAACAAUACAAGAGACGUUGUCUACGGUAAUUUAAUCAGUAGUUAA